AUGACUAAAGGUGUAUCUACAUUAUUUGGUGAAUCACUAUCUGAAGAAAGUAAAAAACUUAUCAAAGAAGUUAGAGGAAAAUUAACAGAAAAAAUUCAUCCUAAUUUUGAUAAUGAUUUUAAUAUUUAUCGUUUUAUUUUAUCUUCAGAAAGAUUACAUAAAAAAAAAGAUGAAAUCAUAAAACAUGCAGUAGAAACCUUAAAUAAUCAUUUAAGAAUUCGUCGUUCUUUAUCAUUAGAUGAAAUGGAAGAUUUACCUUUUGAAGAUAAUUUACUUUUUAAAAAACAAUUUAUGCCUCAAGGGAUGAUUGUGGAUGGUAUUGAUAAAAAUAAUCGUCUUAUGUGGUAUAUUGAAUAUGCAACAAUCUCUGUUGAUACAAUUGCACAUGGUAUGCGUAGUUCACAAUCAUGUAUUUUACAGUUUUAUCAAUUUGAACAUAUGUUAAAGAAAGUUAAUAAGCAAGAAAAAAAAACAGGUAAAUUAAGUUCAUUAAGGCAUGUUAUUGAUAUGAAUGGUUAUGAAAUUAAUCCUUUUACAAUGUUAUUUGUUAGUUCUGGUACUUUAAGUUAUUAUUCACAAUUAUUUCAUUAUGAAAAUUAUCCAGAACUUGUUACACCUAUUGAAAUAGUUAAUAUAGCUAAAUGGAUUCAUGUACCAUAUAAAUUAGCUAAAACAAUGAUGCCUACAGGAUUUAGUGAACGUUUUAGAUUACAUGAUGAUAAAUUUAUCCAUCAUCUUAAGGAAGAGGUAGAUAAAAAAUAUAUACCAUUAUCUUUGGGUGGUGAUAAUUCUAACAUUAAAUGUAUACCAUCAAAAAAACUUCAAGAAAAUGAAUAUUGGAAACCUAAAUAUCCUAAAAUAUUAACACUUUUAGAACCAUUAUAUGUUGGUGCUCGAAAAAAUAAGUAUAUUUGUAUACAUGUUGAAACACCAAAAAAGCUUGGUUGGUAUUUUAAAACUGAUGGUGAUGUAUAUUUUGGAAUAUUUUAUGAUUCAAAAAAUAUUGUUUCUGAUGAUGAUCAUGAAAAAAUUGAUACAGAUAAAUUAGAAAUGGUUUAUCCAUGGCUUAAAAUUUCAGCUAAACUUGUUCAUGAAGGAGGAUCAAUUAAUCUUGAAAAACCAGGAAAAUAUUAUAUGACAUUUGGAAAUAAACAUAGUUGGUUAACAAAAAAAUAUAUUGAUUUAUCUAUUCAGUUAAAUGAUGAAUUUAGUACAAAAAAACAUAGUAUUCAUGGAGGAAAAAUGGAAGAAGUUAAAGAUGAUGAAAAUAUAUUUAAAAUUUUAGAAAAUGGUUUUGAAUAA